UAAUUUAUUACAGUCCUGGCAGACUUUUAUAAGCACUCUAUGGAUAUUCACUAGCUGACAUUAUUCUAUAAAAAUAAAGGCUUAAAAAGUGUGAGAGAAACUAGUCAUACGAUUGUGACAGCAUUCAUGCAUUGAUCGUGACUGCAUUUUGUUUUCAAGCCCACGGUUUUCUCCUUGUAGCAAAGGGCCCAAUCGCUCCCGUCUCGGCUAGCCUCUAUUUGCGCUCAGUGCUCUAUGGCUAUAGCUUCUGAAUUGUUGGCGUUAUUACAACAUGACCUGAAGACGAAGCAAAAUGUGACAAAGAUGCGGCCAUAAAACAUAUAUUUCUAGAAGCGUAUAUCACGUUCUGACAUUUGUCUUUGAAAUGUCUCCUACGAGGCUGAAGAUUGUGUGUAAAUAAAAUGGCAGCCACAACAAUUAAAGAGCGCCAUAAUGGAUAUACAACUUCAGAGGCAUUGUUGGAACUGCACAAAGAGCUCACUAAACUGGUGGCUGAAUUUGAAAAGAUGGGACAGGGAUGGAAACACCAUGUGGAAGCACUGGAAUUCUGUGUUGGCAAUCUUUAUCCAUGGCCAGCUGCCAUCACAGUCCUUGCUGGUAGCUGCAUGCUCUUGGUAGCAGUAUUCUUAUUUGAGACUGAAGGAAGUGGCUCUGGUAAUCGCACUUGGAUAGUGAUUGAAGCAUUCAUUCUUCUUCUGACUGUGUUUGGCAAUGUGACCCUGUGUUGCUGGAAUACUGCAAAGUGGAAAAGAGAGGCCCUCCAACUCACCAAAAAUCUUAUCCAUGCUAUCUCAGAGUGCCAGAAAAAUCACAACUGGAGUGCAGUAAGUUACAAUGAUAACAACACUUCCAUAUCACCGUGUAUUUCUCUUCAAUGGACUAAGCGGGAUGCUCAACUUGUCAACCUUCCAGAACCACUGCUUGUGCGUGGGGAUCUCAUAAAAGUACGACCAGGUUAUAAGGUUCCAGGCAGGUGUGAGAAGAUAGAGACAGAAGGCCUGUCCUGCACACUUGAAGGAGGUGAAACCUACACACCAGAAAUGGAGACAAUUAGUCCUGAUACCACACCUGGUCCACGAGGCAGAAUGCCACUCACCCCUAGUGACUUUUGCCUUUUGGAGACACCCAUCAUCCACAACUUAAGGAUGAUUUUGGACAAAAAGAUCAAACCACCUCAUACUGUGCUAACAAAUGAGUGCCAUAAAGUAGUGUUUGUCUGGAUCAUGCAGAGAGUGCUACCUAUAUGUCUGGUACUGAUGCUUCUUACUGGAGGUCUGCGCUACUUGUAUCUUCCGCUGUCGUCUGGACACUGGACAGAAAUGAUGCUGAUCCUACCAGUGCAAGCAGUUCUACCUCUUCUUCCUUUGACCUUUCCCCUUUUAUGGGUGGGGGUCAACUCUUUUGGACAAGCUCGAAUAUUGGCUGCUUUUCAAGUGGCAAGAACGUUAAAGGUGCAUCCUUUAAGUAGUGUAAGCAGCUUAGGUAGUUUCAGCACCAUUUCUGUGGAGGAGGCACGGGUGGACAUUGCCUGGCACACUGUUUUGUCUUGGUUCUGGGCCGUUUUUAAAGGUCAUUCAAGCUCACCUUGUCAGGACUUCAGGCUUCUGCAUGUAUUAGGAAGCAUCACAUCUGUUUGCUGCAUUGAUAAAAAAGGUCUUCUGUCAUGGUCCAACCCCUCAGCAGAAAAAAUCUUUGUGCACGUCUCAUCACCUAAAGAAAGCCACAAACUAGAUCAUGAGGAAAACAAGUUUCUGAUGGCUAGUGGUGAUACUCCAGAACUGAAUGUGUUAGAAACAAAUAUUAAACACCAUGAAGGCAAAAGGAAAAAGCCCAGAAAAUUUCCUAAGAGUGAAUAUGUAAGCCGUGCGGAGGUUCUUGAUCUAACACAUGAUGCUAAGGAUGCUUUUCGGGUUUUCUUUGAUGAUCCUGGAUGGAGAAAAUAUAUAGAUUCUUUGAAGCCAUUGGGCCUGUGUAUUCUUCUCAAUACUUGCAAUGAAGCUACAGCAGAAUGGUAUACGCGGUUCAGCGAUCAUGUUGGAUGUGUUGCACAGCAGAAGGAGGAGACCGUGGCUGUAGUAAACAGAAGAUGUCUGUGUGAGGUAGCUCGUCAGAUUGGUUUUACUGACCAGGCCUUGGAAGUUUUCAGCCAUGAAAAAACAUUUGGAAUCUACAAACAAGUGCCUGCACAAGAGAUGGAGAAAGAAAAGGCCCAGCGAGCUAAAUCCUUCCUCUACCACAAGAUUCCCAUGCCAAAUUUUUCAUCUGUAAUAGUCCGUGAUAAAGCCUCAGGAAUGUACCAGCUGCUUACACAAGGCACAGCAGACAUUGUUCUGGACAACUGCACUGAUUAUUGGAAUGGCUCUACCCUCUGCCCAUUAACUGAACUGGACAGGAAGCGUAUUAUGGAUUUCUAUCAUCGAAAUAGCAUGGCAGCCUACUGCACAGCAUUCUCCUACAAACCAAUAUCACACAACAUUGCAAAUCAUCUUGAAGCAGAAUACAUAGAACUUGUGGGCAUGCCCAAUCGUCUGUUGGAAAGGUGCAUGGAGCUUGACACACUAAGUGGGGAUGUUCCCACUGUGCUGGCCAAGUCUUUCUCCAUGGAUUCCUUGAUUGAUGAUGUUAGUUUGAGCUCGGUGGAUGAUGUUUCUGGUUACUAUGAUUGUCAGCGUAAUCAGAUCUUUAUUGGAAUGGCAUCUCUGCAAUACCAAGCCCGACAGGACUUUGUGCAGUUAAUUGAAAAACUGGAGUCUGCGUGUAUCAGAUUUGUACAUUUUUCUAAGGAAAAUGAACUUCGAAGUCGGGUAUUCUCAGAAAAAAUGGGCCUUGAGGCUGGGUGGAACUGUCACAUCUCUCUUCUUAUAAUGAUGAUCAUCAUUUCAAAUGAGGGGCUUACAGGCUAUUCUACCAGAGGUAUAGAUCAAAUCCGUCCACAUCUCAAGGAAGUGGAUAAUGUUCCACUUCUGGUAAAUCUCUUCACAGACUGCACCACACCAGCUACACAGGAGAUGGUGAAGAUUAUGCAGGAGAAUGGGGAAGUUGUAUUGUGCAUCGGGAGCUCUUUGAAUAUAGCCAACACACCAGUCUUCCUACAAGCAGAUUGCAGUCUAGCUAUAGAGCCACUGUAUCCCCAGCUGUGUGCACGAAAGGCAGCAGUAACAGAAGCCUGGAAUGACUGCCAACCUUCACCCACAGAGCUUGCAUCCCGUCUGAUAAGCCUGCCAUGUUCUCUGUCUUAUCAGAGGGAAGACAACGUAUCUCUGUUGCAGCUCAUUGCAGAGGUCGGCACAUACACAUUGUCGCUACAGAACUGUUUUUACCUUUUGCUGUGCUGCCACUUGUGCGUGGCUUUGUCCUUCAUGAUGGCUCAGGCCCUUUUGCUCCCCCCACCCCUCAGACCUCCUCACCUGCUCUGGUUGCUGCUGCUUGCAUUGCCUUUGCUAGCCAUAGGGCUGAUGGGCAGUCCAGUGGACCCACGUAUCAUAGGAAUGAUCACAAACAAGAACAAGCAGCAUGUCAACAAACAGGUGGUGAUUCAGUUCCUCCUGCAGCUUUUGCUUCGUUUCAUUCCAUCGGUGGCCGUUGCUCUUACCUCCUUUGGUGUCGUCCUAUAUUCAUACUGCCAGAAUACUGCCAAAACCACAUGUUUUUUAUAUCAACACAGUAGUGAUGGUCAGAAUCAGACUUACAGUGGGUGGGAAGAUAAAUUCUCUGGAGGUCUCAUCAUGGCCCAGAACAUUUUUCACCUGUACAUCCUUAUAUUUUUUGUGGCAAUCUCCAUGAGUCUUGUUCACUGGUUGGACCACAUCUGGCACCGUGCUGCCUUCAGUAACAAACUCUGGUCUAUCACUGCAGGCAUUCUGAUUGUGAUUCAGUUUAUAUUCUGUGUGGCUGACAUCACCAUUCGAAAUCACUAUACCUCACAACCUAUGCCACUAUCCGACAUCCAUCCAGCUGUAUGGGUACUUGGUGUUGUUUGGCCUCUUUUAUUAUGACUCAACGAACUGGUCAAAUUACUGGAGAUCAAACUUUUCCUACAACGCCAGCGGCGAGCAAGGCUGGACUUUGGCACUAAACUAGGCAUGAACUCUCCAUUUUGAGCUCUUUGUGUAAUAAAGCUAUGUACAGCUGUAGAAAUCUAAUAGUUACCUUUGAAAACAUUGAUAACAGAGCAGCAUGCUCUGCUUUCUGUGUUGCAAGUGGCAUUCGUAUGGUUCUUAUAUUUUCAGUGAGACAUUAGUGUACUAAACCAGUUUCAUGAAGAAAAAUGCAGUUUAUUGUAUGUCUGUCUGGUUCACAUGGGAUUUAAUCAAUCAGUAAUUCAACAUAACCAUCAAGAGAUAUGUAUGUGGGAAAGGUGCUACCGUUAUGGCCAAAAUGAUAAAUGACAGACAUGGUAAACAAACCUGGGGCUUCUAAAGCUGCUUACCUACAAGCUUGUAAUUUUACUCAGUGAGUGGCUUAAUUAUGAAGUUUAUCAAAAAUUAACUCUUUAAACUAUGAUACUUUCGGGCAUGAGUAUUUUUGUGCAAAGAUGAAAAAAAACCAUUAUGAUCAUGAAAGAAGUUUAUAAAAAAAUACACGAUAAAAGUGAA